UUUUUAGGAUGUUUUUUGUGGGGUCUCCAGUUUAGUCUGUAUAUAAAGGAGUCAAAAAUCUUCAAAACCUUUAACAUAUUUCUAGUUCACUGGUUGCAUCAUGUCUGGAAUUUCAGAAUCUUCAAACCCUUCUGCUGACGUUCAUCCUUAAAGUAACAUUAUAUCUCUGCUGGUCCAAUCUCUCUUAAACAGUACUAUGGUUGCCCAAGUUGCUGGUGGAAGCAAGACUGAGAAUCCCAUGUUAGAGGCAGGAAACGCUGACCAUAAAUACAAAGUGAAGAGGAACCGAGGGCCUAGGAUUCGUGGUGUUGCUGUUGCUAAACGAUCAAAAAAAAGAAAAAGUAAAAAGGUUCGUGGUGGUAACCACCAACAUAUUGGACAUGUAAGUACUGUUUGCGGUGCUCCAACUCCUGGAUUUAAGACUGGUCUCAUUGCUAAGAGGAGAACUGGACGUCUUCGUGGACAGCUGGAUGCUGCGACUGCUGCUAAGGCAGAUGAAGCUUAAUUUCUUGGUUGUUUUCCUGUACGUUUUAGUUUGUUUGAGUAU